CUCAGUCUUUUAGGAUCUUUAGAUCCGAAGGCUAAGAUGGCACUCGCAGUAGCGCUGGUGUGCGUGCUCAGUGUUCUGAGCGUUCAAGCAGCACCAAAUGAAUCACUCCAAAGAACGUCUGCACCAAUAUUUAAAAAGAAUGUGAACAACAAUUGGUAUAAAUAUGGCAACGAAUAUGACUCCCAGAGACGCUGGAAUAACUACAACAACCAGUAUUGGUCUUCCGACCAACAGAACCAGAAGACGGUUGAAAGCUCUUCUUCCUACAACUACCCUUCUGGCAGCGUUAAGAAGUGGCAGAAAUUGGACAGCUCUAACCAAAACGGUUAUCGGUCUUCCAACACAUACGAGUCCAGUGGAAGCGAAACUGUCAGCUCCAGGGAUUGGAAACAGAUUGGCAACGGCAAACCCACAGUUGUUGAGAACAAAUGGGUGGAGAUUGACGAAGGAGGUCUCCCACCCCAGAGGGAAACUUGGCAAAAGAUCGACGAUGGUGGUCUGGUAGCUCCAGAAAACCCAGACAAACCUCGCGAUGGACAGUCGCAACCAUUACAACCUGUUGAUAAGUGGGUAAAGAUCGACGAUGGUGGUCUGGUUGCUCCAGAAAACCCUGAAAACCCAGAUAAACCUCGCGAUGGACAGUCGCAACCACUACGUCCCCCUGGUAAGUGGGUAACCAUUGACCAAGGUGGUCUGCCCCCACAAAUAGGACCAGAGAGGACUAUCGACAAUGGCAUAAACACCCCAAUUACUGAACCAAUAAACCCUGAUCAGGUUUAUAAUGGAGAACCAUCAGAAACGGAAACUGUUGAAACUAUCGAAGAAACCACGUCUGACGACUCUAGUCCACAGCCUGAUGGCUCUAACCCCCAAGAUGACGGAUCUAACCCUCAACCCGAUGGACCCAGACCCCGGAAAGGUGGAAAACCAAAGCCCGAUUCUCCUUUACCAGCGUCAGACCCAACAUUCCAGCUCCUGAAAAGGUUCUUCAGCAGUCCAGUGAUGAAGAAAUACAUGGUGAAGACAUGGAAGGAACUGGUCAACGGAACCCUUGAAUACGAUCUUCGCUUGACUCCAAAAGAUAUAGAUGAGCUUAGUCCACCCGUUACAAGGAAAGUUUCUUCCAAAAAAUCGACCACCUCUAGUUCUUCAACUCAACAAACGACGAGCUCUAGUGGUUCCAGUAACACAGAAACCGUGGUGAAAAAGAUCUAUACAGUCAAAGGUGGACCAAAACGAACACCACAACAACAACCAACCGACAAUGGUCAACAACAAGAAGGACCUAACGACAACGGACUGCAAGGACCUAAGGGACCCAAGAGACCGAUUGACAAAGGACAAGAAGGACCACAAGGACCUAAAGGGCCCAAUGGACCGGAUGACAAGGAACAGGAAGGACCACAAGAACCUAACGGGCCCAAAGGAUCAAAACGCCCUAAGGGACCUAAUGACAACGAACUACAAGGACCAGAAGUCCCAGAAAGACCACAAGGACCAGAAGGACCAGAAGGACCAGAAGGACCCAAAGGACCUAAACACCCCAAGGGACCUAAUGACAACGAACCACAAGGACCAGAAGGCUCAGAAGGACCACAAAGACCUAAAGGACCCAAAGGACCUAAACGCCCUAAGGGACCUAAUGACAACGAACCACAAGGACCAGAAGGACCAAAAGGACCACAAGGACCUAAAGGACCCAAAGGACCUAAACGCCCCAAGGGACCUAAUGACAACGAACCACAAGGACCAGAAGUCCCAGAAAGACCACAAGGACCAGAAGGACCUAAAGGAUCCAAAGGACCUAAACACCCCAAGGGACCUAAUGACAACGAACCACAAGGACCAGAAGGCCCAGAAGGACCACAAAGACCUAAAGGACCCAAAGGACCUAAACGCCCUAAGGGACCUAAUGACAACGAACCACAAGGACCAGAAGGCCCAGAAGUACCACAAGGACCAGAAGGACCACAAGGACCACAAGGACCACAAGGACCUAAAGGACCUAAAGGACCCAAAGGACCUAAACGACCUAAGGGCCCUAGACAAACCGUUAUCAUACGUAAUACUUCAACUACGAGCACGAACAAUCAGCAAACUACUACCGCAACCGAAGCAAGUAACACAGUUGUCGAGUACGAAUAUGUUAUUAUAAAUGGUCGCCCACACAGACGUCCUAAACGCCCACAAAGGCCCAAGGGACCCAGAGGACCAAACGAUAACGAACCAGAACAAACAGAGUCCUCAGAAGGACCAGAGGCCUCAGAAGGACCAGAAGGAUCACAAGGACCCAAAGGACCUAAACACCACAAGGGACCUAAUGACAACGAACCACAAGGACCAGAAGGCUCAGAAGGACCACAAAGACCUAAAGGACCCAAAGGACCUAAACGCCCUAAGGGACCUAAUGACAACGAACCACAAGGACCAGAAGGACCAAAAGGACCACAAGGACCUAAAGGACCUAAACGCCCCAAGGGACCUAAUGACAACGAACCACAAGGACCAGAAGUCCCAGAAAGACCACAAGGACCAGAAGGACCAGAAGGACCUAAAGGACCUAAACACCCCAAGGGACCUAAUGACAACGAACCACAAGGACCAAAAGGCCCAGAAGGACCACAAAGACCUAAAGGACCUAAACGCCCUAAGGGACCUAAUGACAACGAACCACAAGGACCAGAAGGACCAAAAGGACCACAAGGACCUAAAGGACCCAAAGGACCUAAACGCCCCAAGGGACCUAAUGACAACGAACCACAAGGACCAGAAGUCCCAGAAAGACCACAAGGACCAGAAGGACCAGAAGGACCUAAAGGACCUAAAGGACCUAACGGACCCAAAGGACCUAAACGCCCCAAGGGCCCUAAUGACAACGAACCACAAGGACCAGAAGUCCCAGAAAGACCACAAGGACCAGAAGGACCAGAAGGACCAGAAGGACCAGAAGGACCAGAAGGACCCAAAGGACCUAAAAACCCCAAGGGACCUAAUGACAACGAACCACAAGGACCAGAAGUCCCAGAAAGACCACAAGAACCAAAAGGACCAGAAGGACCUAAAGGACCUAAAGGACCCAAAGGACCUAAACGCCCCAAGGGCCCUAAUGACAACGAACCACAAGGACCAGAAGUCCCAGAAAGACCACAAGGACCAGAAGGACCAGAAGGACCCAAAGGACCUAAACACCCCAAGGGACCUAAUGACAACGAACCACAAGGACCACAAGGACCAGAAGGACCACAAAGACCUAAAGGACCCAAAGGACCUAAACGCCCUAAGGGACCUAAUGACAACGAACCACAAGGACCAGAAGGCCCAGAAGUACCACAAGGACCAGAAGGACCACAAGGACCACAAGGACCACAAGGACCUAAAGGACCCAAAGGACCUAAACGACCUAAGGGCCCUAGACAAACCGUUAUCAUACGUAAUACUUCAACUACGAGCACGAACAAUCAGCAAACUACUACCGCAACCGAAGCAAGUAACACAGUUGUCGAGUACGAAUAUGUUAUUAUAAAUGGUCGCCCACACAGACGUCCUAAACGCCCACAAAGGCCCAAGGGACCCAGAGGACCAAACGAUAACGAACCAGAACAAACAGAGUCCUCAGAAGGACCAGAGGCCUCAGAAGGACCAGAAGGAUCACAAGGACCCAAAGGACCUAAAGGACCAAAAGGACCAAAAGGACUUGAAGGACCACAGGGACCCAAAGGACCUAAAGGACCCAAGGGCACAAGUAAAAAUGGACCAGAAGGACCAGAAGGGCUACAAGAACCACAAGUACCCGAAGGACCUAAUGGACCCAAGGGGCCAGGUGAUAACAGACCAGAGGGACCAGAAGGACCACAAGGACCACAACAAUCACAACAACCACAACAACCACAACAACCACAAGGACCCGAAGGACCACAAGGCUCUAAUGGACCUAAAGGGCCAAGUGACAAUGGACCAGAACCACAAGGACCACAAGGACCCAAAGGACCUAAAGGACCCAAGGGGCCAGGUGAUAACAGACCAGAGGGACCAGAAGGACCACAAGGACCACAAGGACCACAAGGACCACAAGGACCACAACAACCACAACAACCACAACAACUACAAGGACCCGAAGGACCUCAAGGACCACAAGGCUCCAAUGGACCUAAGGGGCCAAGUGACAAUGGACCAGAACCACAAGGACCACAAGGACCUAAAGGAACUAAAGGACCCAUGGGGCCAAGUGACAACGAACCAGAAGGACCACAAGGACCCAAGGGUCCAAGUGCCAAUGAACCAGAAGGACCAACAGGACCACAAGGACCAGAAGGACCACAAGGACCACAACAACCACAACAACCACAACAACCACAACAACCACAACAACCACAACAACCACAACAACCACAACAACCACAACAACCACAACAACCACAACAACCACAACAACCACAACAACCACAACAACCACAACAACCACAACAACCACAACAACCACAACAACCACAAGGACCCGAAGGACCUCAAGGACCACAAGGCUCCAAUGGACCUAAGGGGCCAAGUGACAAUGGACCAGAACCACAAGGACCACAAGGACCCAAAGGACCUAAAGGACCCAAGGAGCCAAGUGACAACGAACCAGAAGAACCACAAGGACCCAAGGGUCCAAGUGCCAAUGAACCAGAAGGACCAACAGGACCACAAGGACCAGAAGGACCAGAAGGACCAGAAGGACCAGAAGGACCAGAAGGACCAGAAGGACCAGAAAGACCACAAGGACCCAAAGGACCUAAGGGACCCAAGGGGCCAAGUGACAACAGACCAGAAGGACCACAUGGACCUGACGGACCUAAAGGACCUGACGGACCUAAGCGACCCAAAGGACCUAAGCGACCCAAGGGCCCUAGACAAACCGUUAUCAUACGUAAUACUUCAACUACGAGCACGAACAAUCAUCAAACUACUACCGCAACCGAUUCAAGUAACACAGUUGUCGAGUACGAAUAUGUUAUUAUAAAUGGUCGCCCACACAGACGUCCUAAACGCCCACAAAGGCCCAAGGGACCCAGAGGACCAAACGAUAACGAACCAGAACAAACAGAGUCCUCAGAAGGACCAGAGGCCUCAGAAGGACCAGAAGGACCACAGGGACCCAAAGGACCUAAAGGACCCAAGGGCACAAGUAAAAAUGGACCAGAAGGACCAGAACAACCACAAGGACCCGAAGGACCUCAAGGACCACAAGGCUCUAAUGGACCUAAGGGGCCAAGUGACAAUGGAUCAGAACCACAAGGACCACAAGGACCCAAGGGGCCAGGUGAUAACAGACCAGAGGGACCAGAAGGACCACAAGUACCACAAGGACCACAACAACCACAACAACCACAACAACCACAAGGACCCGAAGGACCUCAAGGAUCACAAGGCUCCAAUGGACCUAAGGGGCCAAGUGACAAUGGACCAGGACCACAAGGACCACAAGGACCCAAAGGACCUAAAGGACCCAAGGGGCCAAAUGACAACGAACCAGAAGGACCACAAGGACCAGAAGGACCACACGGACCCAAGGGGCCAGGUAACAACGGACCAGAAGGACCGCAAGGACCAGAAGGACCACAAGGACCCAAGGGACCUAAAGGGCCCAAAGGACAUAAAGGACCCAAGAGGCCAAGUGACAAUGAACCAGAAGAACCACAAGGACCUAAAGGACCACAAGGACCCGAAGGACCUGAAGGACCUAAGGGACCAGGUGACAACGGACCAGAAGGACCACAAGGACCUAAAGGACCCAAGGGGCCAAGUGACAACGAACCAGAAGGACCAGAAGGACCAGAAGGACCACAAGGACAUAAAGGACCCAAGGGGCCAAGUGACAACGAACCAGAAAGACCAGAAGGACCAGGAGGACCAGAAGAACCAGAAGGACCAGAAGGACCACAAGGACAUAAAGGACCCAAAGGACCCAAGGGGCCAAGUGACAACGAACCAGAAGGACCAGAAGGACCACAAGGUCCCAAAGGACCUAAAGGACCCAAAGGACCUAAAAGCCCCAAAGGUCCUAAGGGACCAGUCGGCCCAUGGCGUCCACCAAAGAAGGGCUCGUUUGGAAAAAUUUGCAUCUGCUUCAAUCGCUUCCAAGACAUUCCAAGCAACGUGGCUAGACUUCUCGAAUAAGAAGUUUGUUAUACCGACAAGGACUUUUUGGCACGUGCCAUAGCCGAAACUGAUGAUCCUAAUACAUAAUAUUCAUAGAUGCAAAGUUCCAUGCCAAAACCAAACAAAACAUCAACACUCGCGUAUUUUACUUCUUUUUAUCGUGUGGGUUGUAAGGUGGACUACCAACCUCAUCAACCCUGGAGUCAGGUCCGUCAUGUAACGACCAUACUUACAUCAGUAAGUAACAACCGGGACCAACGGCUUAACGUGCCUUCCGAAGCACGGAACAUAUCGUGAAACCAAUCGAGAGGAUCGUGGCAUUUUUGGCAGCAACUCUGCAUCUACAAAUAUUAUUAUGAUAGGAAACCGCAUCCAAUGAUAGCUAAAUUUUUGACAUCAAGUGUCAUAAAAUCCAUGGUAAGUAUAAGAAAACCAGAGGGCCCACCGUAAGCACGCGACUCUUUCUCGCCGCGACAGAGAUCGUCUGUCUCUUUCUGUGCAGUACUGUGAGAGAGUGACGGGUGACGUAUGUCGAGGCGAGAAAGAGUCGCGCGCUUACGGUGCUAAGCCCGCUGGUAUGCUCAAAACUGACAGCUAGCAUUUCAAGGUUAGCCCAUCUGACGUCAUCCCCCUCUACGUUGCCAUUUGCAAAAAAUAAAUUACCCACGUCCAAUGUUUUUAAUUUACUUUGCAAGGAAAUUUUGUACAUUUAGUAAAAGAUUUACGAGUACGUACAGUUUCAAUGAUUUGUUUAUAUGUGAUAAGUAAUAGUAAUUAAAUUACAUCAUUCAGUAAUUCAAUUAAUUUCCUAUAAUAAAACUUGCGUCCUUGCAAUGUUGGAGAUACCAAUUUAAUGGUAACACUUACGUCAUCAAGGGCUAGCAAUGGCUUGUCAUAGGAUAGAGCAUACCCGGUCUUCUUAUAUACCAUGAUAAAAUCCUUGUCGACUUAAAUCACCAUUGAUCGCCAAAUAAUACCUUAUGUAUAAGUUGUUAUGUAUCAUUUAACGAGCAACCAAAAAACACCCUGACACCAGGAUGAAAAAAAAAUGUAAAUUGUUAUAUUUUUCAUUGAAAUUAUAUUGUAACUAUUUUUAUAAAAAAA